AUGAACUUGAGUGUUGUUUUUAGAGAUGAUGCUGAUAAUUAUACCAGCCUCUACUAUCAGCCAGUCAAUCUGACAGAGUACUUGCCAGAAUGGGUGGUUUUUGGUUUCUCGGCAGCGACAGGGCAGUUGUUUGAGGCUCAUACAAUUUUCUCAUGGGAAUUCAACUCCAGUCUACAAAUCCUUGACAACGCAAAUGGCACAACCAAUGCGACUACCAUCGACACACCAAGACGAGGGAAAAAGAGAUUUGGUUGGUAUGGUUAUAAGCUAAAGAGAAAUAGAAAUGAUCGAAGUGGAGAAGAAGAAGAUGUUCCGGGGAUGGAUGAAGGAUUUGAACAGUCGAAGGGACCCCAGAAGUACUUCCUACAAGUUGCUUGGGAAAGGGGGUUUCGGAGGAGUGAUGAAGGCCACCUUGUUGAUGCAAAUUCUUGUGUUGCCGUCAAGAAGAUCAGUCCAUAUUCUCAACAAGGCAUAAAGGAGUAUGCUACGGAAGUGAAGACGAUUAGACAUCUGAGGCAUAAAAAUUUGGUGGAGCUCAUCGGCUAUUGUCAUGAGGGAAAUAAGUUCCUACUCGUGUAUGAGUAUAUGUCUAACGGUAGCUUAGACUCUCAUUUGUUCAAAGAGAAAACACUGCUGACAUGGGAAAAGAGGUACAAUAUUGCUCAAGGCAUUGCUGAAGGGCUGAAAUACUUGCAUGAGGAUUUGAAACAAUGUGUCGUGCACAGGGAUAUAAAGUCUAGCAAUAUCCUACUUGAUGCACAAUUUGAGGCUAAAUUGGGCGAUUUUGGCUUGGCUUGGAUAGUCGACCGUAACAAAGGAUCGCAAACCCUAUUGGCUGGGACCAUGGGAUAUUUGGCCCCUUAA